AAAGAAUAAUGAAGCGGCAGCUACCUCCGAACGACCAGUUCAGUUUAUUUGGUUAUUCUUUGCGAUGCACACGCAUCUAUUUUUUCGACACGAUUGUUAUUGUAUUGUUAACGUCGCGGUGUUUUUUAUUUUCUAAUAUUACUUCUGUAUUAUUAUUCGUGGCGUGAAGACGAUACACUAUUCCUCCAGUUAGCCAUCGUUAAUAGUCUUCGUAAUUAAAAAUAAGGGAAUAGAAAAAUUAUCUGUAAAAUUUCCGGUAACUUCUAUUGCAGUUUUUGUACUAAUUACAUCCCCUAUCUGCGAGGAUUUUUACACAUUUGUCUCCAAAAUGGAAUCAGUACAGUUUUUGAUUUUGGUCUUGGCUACAGUCCUUAACAUUCCAUCCUCUAAUCAGAUAACGGUAACAUUUGGUACGAAUACGGGUCCUAUUUCGGUGCCAGCAACCCCGGUACCUCCAAUCGUAAACCGUAAUGCAAGAAAAGUCCCAGCACCGGUGUACGAAGUGGCCGAAGACGUCCCCAACCCGUACUCAUACAAACCCAUCAUACCAAGACAGUACAGGGCAAAACUAUUAUCAUUCUCGCCUAAUCCUAAUCUUAUCCUGGGAACUCCGCUAGACCAAAAAUAUACGUUCAACUACGACAAGUACAACCUCUAUGAGAAACAGCAAGCACUUGGACGGCAAUAUAGGGGACCACAUGUGUUUGACAAGCAGGAUUACGAGCUCUUAAGGAAAUCAAUUAAAACUGCUUACCAAAAGAAUUUGCCAGCUUAUAAUGGAAACAAUAAUUACGCCGAUGUAAUCCAUCAGAGGAAAACGGUUCCAGAAAUUGGAAUUGUAUAUUCCUCGGGUGUUAAAUACUACGUGCCUCAAAUAGUUUACAAAAGAGAAGACGAAGAGGAUUUAAAUUCUGUCUAUGACCAUGACGAUGUAAAAUACUACACAAAAGAUCGAAAGUGAAGUUAAUGAUUUUGUGUCGUGCCAGUUCUUUUUUAUUAUUAUUAUUAUUGUAAUUAAAUUUUUGUUAUUGAACGAAUCUGCCUCACCAGGAUACGAAAUGGACGAUAAAAAGUAUAUUUAGCAUUGAUCAGCAUGUCACGACAAUCCGAUUGCUAAAACGCAUGACUGAUUUUUCAGGUUUAAUGAUAAUUAUUACACUAACAAGAAAUAAUAAUUAUUAUUAAUUGUAAGUAUAUACAUAUAAUAUUGUUGUACUACUAUGUAGUUAGUCAUUGUAAACAAAUAUCUGAAAAUUGUAGGCCAACUACGUAGUGAAGUUGUCAUUUCUUCAAAUUGGAAAAAGUAUUUAUUAAAGGCUUAAUAUUUAAAAAGGUUAAAUUGUAAAUCUAGUUAUUAACCGGUUGGGAAAUACUGGUUAAAGGAUGUUGGUUAUCGGGGCGUAGUGGUUUACAACAUAAUUAUUAUUACAUAAGCCCCCAAACAAGAUAAAAAUAUAUCUCCUUUUUAAACAUCUUAAAUUUUGAAUUUGAGUAACACUUUCUCUCGAUCUUAAAGUGUAGUUAACUCACGGUAACGGUCACGCUAAAUAGAAAUAACUUACAAAUAUCUCCAUAAAAUUUACUAGCGCUUCACGCAUUCUUCGGACUUUUAAUAAAAGUUAUUUAAAGUAAAUUAUUUCUAUUUAAUGUUACCCUCCUAGUAAAAAAAAGUAAAUUU